AUGGAUGAGGCAAAGUUUGGGAAUCAGCCAACGUCCUAUUUUGCCAAGAAGACUCCUCAAACCGAUCCACACACCUACCGUGUUGAAGCGAACGGACCUCUUCUGCUCCUUGCUGGUGUCACUUGUGCUGGUAAUUUUAAAGCAUGCGAUCACGCAGCCUUCAUGCCUCAUCCCUUGCCGACACCAGAGUGCUACGAAAAAGCGUAUUUGGAUGACGACCAUCCCGCCGUACGAAAGAACGGUUUCUACCUGGACGUGCCAAGCGCUUGCACUUCAACCCAAAAUGUUGUGCUGACUGGAAAUCGAGGAAAUUUGUGGAUGAAUAUAUCUGUGCCUGUUACAAAACAGUCAUCAAUUACGUUAGUGGAUUCGACAUACGGAGACGCUAUCUACUUCCAUGCAGAGUAUGUCUUUGAAGCUGUUGAGAGUGUGGAUUGA